GCACAGCAUUUUCAGAGCGUGAAGAAGGUACAGAUGUUCUACGAGAUGAACUCGGAGGUCCUUCAGAUGGCAGGCGACGUCUACCGCGAGCAGGUGGAAGAGGACGAGGAGGAACCUGUCUUCCCGCUCCCCGAGGUGACGGAUGUCUUCAAGGAUACCAACAACAAGCAGAUCCUGGUCAACCUCCU